AUCAGAUCAGGACUGAUUCCCUGCUACAGCCUUCUGCAACGGUUGUGCAGGAUUGCUACUUGAUUUUUCUUCAAAGAUUCCUUAUCCAGUGAGGGCGUUCCCCUAGCAGAGACAUCAAAAAAUGGCCGAUUCCCUCACCGAAGAGCAGGUCUCUGAGUUCAAGGAGGCCUUCUCUCUUUUUGACAAGGACGGCGAUGGACAGAUCACAACGAAGGAGCUGGGCACCGUGAUGCGCUCGCUUGGCCAAAACCCCUCCGAGUCGGAAUUACAGGACAUGAUAAACGAGGUUGACGCCGACAACAAUGGCACGAUUGACUUUCCUGAGUUCCUUACCAUGAUGGCGAGGAAGAUGAAGGACACCGAUUCCGAGGAGGAGAUCCGCGAGGCAUUUAAGGUCUUUGACCGCGACAACAACGGAUUCAUCUCGGCAGCCGAGCUUCGCCACGUCAUGACGUCGAUUGGUGAGAAGCUGACUGACGACGAGGUCGAUGAGAUGAUUCGCGAAGCCGAUCAGGAUGGUGACGGGCGUAUUGACUACAACGAGUUCGUGCAGCUCAUGAUGCAGAAGUAAUCAGUCUACCUAUCAGCGAUAUCCCUCCCAACGGCCUUACGAACAAUUACGCCUUGCUUUUCAGAUUGGUGUUUGCGUUUGGUUCCAGAUGCAACUGGGUAGCUUCGGAUCGCGUACCGCAGAGGCUUGAUAUCAAAGCGCAUGGAUUCUCUUGUCAUUCCUCUAGGUGUCAUGCUCGACUCACGUUUCCGUUCUUAUCCCCCUAAAAGUCCGAGCAUGUGAGCAUCACAGCCCGACGAAGUGACAGCCAUAAUUGGGAGAUUCUGAUGGAGGAACUCUCUGCUGUACGGUCC